AUGGAUGCACUCUGGCCAGUGGCACAUGACUAUGCAAACAGCAACUCUGAUGAUGAUGAUGAUGAGGGGGAUGACUUCGUCAACUUGGCACAGAAGCCUGUAGUAGAUCUUAGUGAUUCUGAUGAACUUACCACACAAGAAGCAGAUCCACUCCAAAUGGAGCGUGUUCAAGUUAUGCUGAAGAAGUUGGAGGGCCUUCCAGGUUAUGGGAACGGCACGCGUCUUGAAAACGUGCUACUGCAACCCCCUUGCGAUGUUUCACAGAUGCUAGACGCCUCGCUGGAUGAUGUGGAGCUUCUCUACAGACACAUAAGCCACACCAUCGUUAACUCUCCCGAUUCCACGCUUCUUCCCAUUUCCGUUGAAGACCAACUCUCCUCCAGUUGUUUUGGGGUGAUAUCCACUGGCCAUAAGUGUCUAGAUGAUGUGCUUGCUGGCGGCGUGAAGUGUGGCUUAGUCACGGAGAUUACCGGGGCAAGUGGCACGGGUAAGACAGCCCUGGCGCUCAAUCUCGCUGGGCGUGCGGCAACUCUGGCAAGAGAAGGCAGGGGUAAUGGAAAGUAUCAUACACUUUGGAUCAGCAGCAAUCAGCAUCCAUUUUCAACCAGAGCCACCGCCGGUUACCUACGGUCUACACUUGGUACAUAUAGAGGUGACAACAAUGGAAGCAAUGCUGCUGAACCCGACAGGUUUGGCGGAGAUGCAGAAACUGCGCUACAACAGUUGGCAAUAGUAACAAUCCCAACGCUCGGGCAGCUUCUGGAGCAUAUGCCUGUUCUCCGUGAGAAUAUUAUGCUGAAUGACGGCGUACGCCUCGUGGUGGUGGAUGAUUUUAGCGCCAUGGUACGUCGGACCUUUACUGGUAUGGAUGGGGAGGUAAUUGAACGGCACAACGCCGUUGCAGCGCUUAUGAACGCAAUGAAGAGCGUUGCGCAGGACCUUCGCGUGGCUGUUGUGAUAAUUACGCAAUCGGAAGUGGAUCUUGGUCACGCUUUCUUGUACGCAGUAAACACUCGCUUGCGUUUGUCGAGAUGCUUGCUGCAACCAAAUGACGCAGCAGCAGAUGUGGCAGGUAAUGUACGCUUGGCUCACCUGCUGGAACUAGUGAAGAGUUGCAUGGCUUCGGACUGCAAAUUUGAGUGCAAAUUUGAGGGGUUUUAUUUAGGUUCUGUACACCUCUUAACAGAGGGGGCAGUGGCACUGAGGGAUGUUGAUUUUUACGGUGUGGACCCAUUCGGUUACGCUGUGGUGCCAACAUUUGUUCACUGCUAG